CUCACAGUUUCCCCUCUCUGACUUAGGAAACGUGGCCUUACCGACUGUCGGCAGCAGCAGCGGUCCUGUUUGUUGUAGAUGAAUGAGAAACACUCACCUUCAGCCUCCACGCGUCUGUCAGCCUCCAUCUCACCUCCAGCACUGCCAGCGGUCCCCUGAAGCCCUGAAGUCUCUGAAGAACCAUGUCUGAGGCUGAACAGCUCCCGGCCUCGGCCCCGGAGGCCGCCGCCGCUGCUGUCCUGGAAGCCCUGAACGCCACGGACUCCAACGGGACCGAGGCGAUCAACGCUACGGCGAAAUUCGUGGCCACGCCGGAGGGUACCGCGCUGGCAUACGGUAGCCUGGUGUGCAUGGCGCUGCUGCCCAUCUUCUUUGGAGCCCUGAGGUCCGUGAGCUGCUCCAAAUCUAAGGAAAGGAGAAUGAAAGUAUGCAAUCCUGACACGGACUCGGGAGAGAAGGAGCUUGGAGAAAAUGGUUACGAUUCUGGGUUCAGAAAUGGAUCAGACAUGCCAGAGACCAUCACCAGUCGGGACGCCGCCAGGUUCCCCAUCAUUGCCAGCUGUACUCUGUUUGGGCUCUACCUCUUCUUUAAGGUAUUUUCUCAAGAGUACAUUAACCUGCUGCUAUCAGUGUAUUUCUUCGGUCUGGGCGUCCUCGCUCUGUCUCACACCAUGAGCCCUCUGAUGUCCAAAGUCUUUCCUGCUUCUUUCCCAAACAAACAGUACCAGCUGCUCUUCACACAGGGCUCCGGAGAGUCCAAAGAAGAAAUCGUGAACUACGAGUUUGACACAAAGAAUCUGGUGUGCCUGCUCAUCAGCAGCGUGGUGGGAGUCUGGUACCUGCUCAAAAAGCACUGGAUAGCCAAUAACCUUUUUGGAUUGGCGUUCGCUCUGAACGGAGUGGAGCUGCUCCACCUGAACAACGUCAGUACCGGCUGCAUCCUGCUGGGGGGGCUGUUCGUCUACGACGUCUUCUGGGUGUUUGGGACCAACGUCAUGGUGACAGUUGCCAAGUCCUUUGAAGCACCAAUCAAACUGGUGUUUCCUCAGGAUUUGUUGGAGAAAGGUCUUGAAGCGAGUAACUUCGCCAUGUUGGGUUUGGGGGACAUUGUUAUCCCGGGGAUCUUCAUCGCCCUGCUGCUGCGUUUCGACGUCAGUUUAAAGAAGAACAGCAGGACGUAUUUCUACUCGAGUUUCCUGGCCUACAUCUUCGGGCUUGGCCUCACAAUCUUCAUCAUGCACACCUUUAAACAUGCACAGCCCGCUCUGCUCUACCUGGUCCCGGCCUGCGUCGGCUUCCCCGUCAUCGUAGCGCUGUUCAAAGGAGAGCUCACAGAGAUGUUCAGGUAUGAGGAGUCUCCUCCUGAGGAGGCGGGGCCUAAAGAGGAUCCAUCAGAAACAGAGAAAAAGGACCAAUAGCAUCUGUCGCUGCCCCUCCUGUCUCCGCCCCCAAACACUUUUCAUCCAGCCUGCUGCCACCACAUUUCACCGAAGCCCCACCCUCCCCCACCUCGCCAGCUUCCUGUUUGUCGCUGGGGGAAAUGGGGCUCAUGUAGCCAAACGUGUUUGUCUCUGAUAACCAUGGGAACGGCCGCUGGUCUCCGUGGUAACGGCUGCUGUCGUGCUAGCGGUGGUGGUGCUUCUGAUUAAAGGUUGUUUCGUUCCAACGUCUCAGACUCGGUGCCUACCAUGACCCUCGCUCCAUCUGAGAGCUGCUCACACACACGAACACGCACACGCCCUGACGCCGUUUUAUCCGCUUUAAUGAUCACCGAUCAACGGCUGAGCUGCGGUGUCAUCAGGGUGGAGCUUCCUGUGUGUUGGCAGCUCGUUGGUGCCGAUAGACCAGGAAACCGUGUUUGGUUUAGUCUUUAAACCGCCUUCUUUGUGAAGACAUCACAGUAACGUCAGCCUUUCUGUCCUUUUUUAUAUUUCCUUCAGACCAAACGAAGAACCAUUCCUCCCAUCAAUCCUUCGCUGUGGUUCUUUGUCUCCGUUUCUUCACUUCCUGGUUUAUUUGGCGCCGGCCCGCCGCUUGCUCUGCCUUCUGCUUUCUCACAUCAGCGACUUCUGUCAAGUUUUAUUUAGUUUUGCAUUUUUGUUGUAAAAGGCCAGAAUAUUAAGAUGGAAACUAACGUCUUUUAUUUCUGUGGUUAUUUGUUGAUUUGUUUGAGCUAUUACGAGGGACACCGUCUCCUCAGCAGGAAGUAAACCUCAUAACAGAAAAUUCUAACAGUGCUUUUCCUUGGACAUGGUUAAGUUUGAACAUUUUAGAGGAUGACCUCAGGUUGUUUAACUAUCAGGCGCUGCACACCAUGGGGCCUCUAGGCAAAACCUGUAAGCAUCAACCACGGUACAGAAAUUUUAAUUUGUAAGGUACACCUCACCUUGAGACCUUAAAGUAUGGAGAUGUUCUUUAACUUUUAUGAUUGCUUAAAGCGAAAUAGAGAAGGGCCUCAUGUUGCUCUUUGCCUGGGGCCUCCUGCGGACCGAAACUGUUCAGGGAAAAUGAAGACAAAAACUAAAACAAAAGCUUUGGUAGUGAACCAAAGGGGCUGCAAGUUCAGCUCCUCUCUGUCCUCAUCCAGGUAGGUCAUUACCUGUCCAGAACUGAUUAAAUCAGGUGAGCAUUUAUUUGUCCGGAGUUUAUUAAUCCAGGUCAAAAUUAACCUGUCACGGGUGAUCUAACCAGAUGAGGGUUUACCUGUCCGGGAUUGACUGAAUCAGGUAAACGCCUUCUCGUCUGGGCUUGAUUAAACCAGGUGAACAUUUACCUGUUGGAGACUGAUUAAACCAGGUGAAGUUUACCUGUCUAGGCUUGAUUUAAGCAUUAAAGCGUUUACCCAUCCAGGGAAUAAUAAACCUGGUGAGCCGGUCUUGAGAUUUAGUAUUUACCUGUCUGUAGGAGGACUAAUCCAUGUCAGCGUUUACCUGUCUGGGCUUGAUUAAACCAAGUGAACGUUUACCUGUCCGGAGUAUAAAAAACACAUCGGCACGCUUUGUUUUCGUCUUAAAAUUCUGGCCUGAGAGGAGAAAAGGGAGGAGGAGGCAGGCAGACCUCCUCUGCUGAGCAUUUCCAGUUGUCAUUCUCACCUCUUAUUGGUGGAGGCGGGGCUUUGUAGAUCCUCGUCCAAUAAAAUGUGAGACAAGGAGGAGCGUUGAGUUUUUCUACAAGCAUCUUCAGACUGACCUGAUUGCAGGUUUUAAUUUUAACCCUGUUUCUUUCUCUUUGGGGUUUCUGGCAUAAAAAUAAAGUUAUGUUUUGUCUUCUUGUAGCCUCUGUAUUCCAUGAGAAUUGCAUAAAUAUCCAAUUAAAGCAACGAUGGUGUGGGAGAAUCACCUCUGCACACAGUCAGCACUUCAUCAGACUUCACAGGAUGAAGUUUCCAUAGGCUGAAAAAAAAUCUAGUUUUUUUUUUUUUUAAUAGUGUUUUAAUUUGAGGUUGUGCCUGAAUCAAACCAGUGCUCUCAGACCGUUGUUUCUCUGAGUUUUUGGAUGCUUGUUAAAGACCCUCCACUCUGACUGGACGUAUCCAGCCUCAUUAUUAUUCUGGAUGUUGUUGAUGUUGAUGCUAUAUUGAAAGAUGCACAGUUUUGUAUUUUGACUUGAAAAAACUAUAAAAAAAAUAGAAAUAUCAUUCUCAUUUUCAGCUCAGUGACGUUCAGUAGCUCUUCAUCAUUUUAAAUAUAAAGUACCUGAAAUGUUUUAUGUUUAUUUCUCUUUAUUUUUCUCUGGUUGCAUUUGUGCAGGAGGUCGUUUCACGGCCCGGACUGUAUCGAUUUUAUUUGCAAUAAACUUUUUGGUGUUUCGAUCACCGUAUAAAGAA